CUUCGUUCACUCGACGCGUCUCUAAUCUAGUCGCGAUAACGACGUCUUUCGAAGUGAUUUCGUGUAGAAAGCGGCAGUGUGUCGUUGACCAUCGCUGCGGCCGCUCUACCUCGGUGACGAAAGAUCAGUCCCGGUCUCUCCUCUCUCGUCUACUCGCGCGCGAUCCGUCUCUUUUUGUUUCUCUUUUUUUCUCUAUCCCGAUCCAAUCUCGGUAGAAUCGACAAACAAGUCAAAUCGUUUUACUUGACGUUAUAUUGGUAUUUUUUUUCCCUCUGGCUGGUGGAUAUCUGUAACACGUAGUCGAACACUGACGCGUGUUUUUUCGUUUUUUCCCGUAUAUUUUGCUACUCCAGGUAAACGACCUUUUCACGCGCUACAUCUAGAACGUCUGUCACAAUACCUAGUUGUUAGACAAUCGUAAUUAUUUAGUCGUUGGUUUUUCGAGCGACCACUCGGGGAAACAAUUUCGGAAGAACAAAAAUUUAUUAUUAAUUUUGGAAAAUUAACAAUAAUAAAGAGGUACAGGAAGAGAGGGAGGGAGGGAGAUAGACUGGAUUAAUCGUGCUUCAAAGAAGAGAUACCGGAGAUCCGCCAUGUACUCUAUUCUGCUACUAACGAGAUCCGCUCGGCUCGGUAAUACAUCACGAAGACUGACCUCGUCGUUCAUGGGACCACACUUACCGCAGCUAACAAGUAAUGGCGUGUCGCAAGGGUACGUGCGGAGGGAGCUGCAAACGUCGGAGAGACCACGACGGCAACAGACCUUUACGGAGCGCAGCGAAUUGAAAUAUGCUCGUCGACUGGUAAUCAAGCUUGGCAGCGCCGUUAUAACGAGGGAGGAUGAACACGGUCUCGCUCUCGGACGUCUGGCGUCCAUCGUCGAGCAGGUAGCCGAAUGCCAGAUCGAGGGCCGCGAAUGCGUCAUGGUGACCAGCGGAGCAGUCGCCUUUGGCAAGCAGAAACUCACCCAAGAGCUUUUAAUGUCCAUGUCGAUGAGAGAGACCCUAAGUCCUACGGAUCACACGCGGGAACAUGCAGGAACUAUGUUGGAACCUAGAGCAGCCGCCGCGGUGGGUCAGUCGGGCCUCAUGUCGCUGUACGACGCGAUGUUCGCCCAAUACGGAGUCAAGAUCGCCCAGGUCCUGGUGACCAAGCCCGACUUUUAUAACGAGGAGACGCGGAAAAACCUGUUCAGCACGCUGAGCGAACUGAUUAGCCUGAACAUCGUGCCGAUUAUCAACACGAACGACGCGGUCUCACCGCCACCGGACGUCGACGAGGAGGUUGCCGGCAGUGGCGGCAGACGAGGAAUAUCCAUUAAGGACAACGACUCCCUGGCAGCCAUGCUGGCGGCCGAGGUUCAAGCGGACUUGCUAGUCCUCAUGAGCGACGUCGACGGAAUCUACAAUCUUCCACCUUGGCAGGACGGCGCCAAGAUGCUGCAUACUUUCAGCUCUGAUCUAAGGGGUACCAUCAAGUUCGGGCAGAAGUCGAAGGUAGGCACAGGCGGCAUGGACUCGAAAGUUAAUGCCGCUCUCUGGGCGAUGGAUCGUGGUGUUGCGGUGAUUAUCUGCAACGGCACGCAGGAAAAGGCUAUUAAGAGCAUCAUGUCAGGCAGAAAAAUCGGAACGUUCUUCACGCAAGCUGCCGGCUCGACCACCCCUGUCGAGGUGGUCGCCGAAAAUGCCCGUGUCGGCAGUAGAAUGCUACAGGCGUUACGUCCGGAGGAACGAGCCGAGUGCAUCAAAAUCCUCGCGAGUUUGCUCGAGUCAAAGCAAUCUGAGAUUCUCGAGGCAAAUUCGCUGGAUCUAGAGACCGCGAGCAAGAAGAAUCUGGCAAAGGCAUUGCUGUCGCGUUUGUCUCUAACUCCGGCGAAACUCAAAUCCUUGAGCUCCGGUCUGUAUCAGAUCGCGAACGAUUCAUUGAAUAAUGUAGGUCGCGUACUUCGCAGGACUAGAUUGGCCGAUGGUCUGCAAUUGGAGCAGAUAACGGUGCCCAUCGGGGUGUUGCUGGUGAUCUUCGAAUCGAGGCCGGACAGCCUGCCUCAAGUAGCCGCCCUGGCUAUGUCCAGCGCUAACGGGCUCCUCCUGAAGGGUGGCAAGGAAGCUUCCCACAGUAACAAAUAUCUGAUGAUGCUCGUGAAGGAGGCGUUGGACAAGUUCGGUGCCUCAAACGCCAUUUCGCUCGUGUCCACGAGAGAGGAUGUGGGCGAUCUUCUGUCGAUGGAGAAACACAUAGAUCUCAUCAUCCCUCGCGGUAGCUCGGACUUGGUCCGCACGAUCCAGGAACAAUCUAAGCACAUUCCUGUGUUAGGACAUGCCGAGGGUAUCUGUCACGUUUAUAUUGACAAGGACGCGGAUGUAGCGAAGGCCAUGAGAAUCAUUAAGGAUUCCAAGUGCGAUUAUCCAGCCGCGUGCAACGCUAUGGAGACGUUACUGAUACAUGAAAGUCUUAUGAGCGGCAGUUUCUUUAGUGAUGUAUGCAGCAUGUUGCAUAAAGAAGGGGUAAAAAUUAAUUCCGGUCCAAAGCUAAGAGAGCUAUUGACCUUUAGUCCGCCUGCCGCCAAAAGCAUGCGAACCGAGUACGGCGCACUGGAAUGCACCGUAGAGAUAGUCUCGGACGUUGACGACGCCAUCAGUCACAUUCAUAAAUACGGUAGUAGCCAUACCGAUGUUAUUGUUACCGAGCACACCAGCACAGCGACGCAUUUCCAGAGAGAGGUCGACAGUGCGUGCGUCUUUCAUAAUGCCAGUACUAGAUUUGCGGACGGCUACAGAUUCGGUCUUGGUGCGGAGGUCGGUAUUUCCACGGCACGUAUCCACGCACGUGGUCCGGUAGGAGUGGAUGGGCUUUUAACGACGAAAUGGAUUUUGAAAGGCGAUGGUCACGCGGUCGCGGAUUUCGCUGAAGGGGGCAGCGGAAUUUGGCUUCAUCAAUCCUUACCACUCACAGAAUCAACAUGAAUCGAUCGCUUCAAACUUUGUGAUCUCGGGAUAGCUAAAAUCAUUCGUAAAAUAUUACGAACGAGCUUCUUUAAAGGAAAAGCACGAUACAUAUAAUCGAACUUCGGGAGAUAAACUCGGGCCUGAUAGACUACGAAUAAACCAAAUAAAGUACUAUCUUAUCUAAUCAUUUUUUAGAUAUAUGUAUCGAAUCAAAAUUUAUAAUUGUAACUAUAUACGAUGUAAUUUAUUGACAACAAAAAUAUUGAUCACGAAAAAAAUAUUUAUAAACUAAAUUUUAGCAUUUAUGGAUUAGGAAUAGCUCAACAUCAUAGCUAUACACUAUUUAGCUGUGAUACUAUUUAGAAUAAUUUAAUUAUUGGAUUUAUAAAGAUACAAUUUUCAGUACAUCUGACAAUGACUUAUUAACAAAUUAAAAUUAUAAAUUAUUAUAAAUUCAAAGAGAGUACGUUAUUCUAUUUUUAUCAUAAGUAAUCCCAAAAGUAAUAAAUAUUUUUGUCGAUACGCAAAAAUAUUAUGUAAUUCAUGCAUAAAAUCAAGACACUUGAAUAUAAUUGAAAACUGGUAACAGAUAAAUUAAUCUAUCUUAAA